GGUGAUCCAACUGGACACGCGGUUGGAGCAGGUGUUGCGGGGGAAUGGGUUUUUGUCCCAAAACCUGCUGCUGGACAUCAUGCUCCAGGUUUUGCUGGAAGAUAAACAGAAAAAUUGCUCCGACGGGCACGGGCAGCAAAUUCGUCGAGAGAUCGAGAAAACGUUGUCAAACGAGUUGACGAAUUUAGCGCAAGUCUACAACAUAUCAAAUGCAGAAGUGUCUGGGUCUGAAAGAGAGAUUCUGAGACUCGUCAUGCGCGUUUUGCAUGAUGCGUGAUGUCUGUGAUGUAUGCCCUAGCAUCACAGACUUUUUGAGGGAUUCUUAAUGCCUAUUCCGAAUGGCAAAUGCCCUCUCCGCGUAAGUAGCAAAAAAUGCGCUCCCCUUGCUGCUCAUGCAAUACAAAUUUUUUUGGAAUCCAAACGCAGCAUCACAAGUUCCAAGUUUCCAGACCCUAGACAUAUUUGCAAUGCAUACAACACUGCCUCGAGCAACGUGGUCCGCAACACGGCGAACGCAGCGGUGCAGCGACUGGACAACUACGUGUUGCAGAAAGUAACCACGCACUCUCUCCGGAAGUUGCUCGCGUUGGCGGUGCUGUUGAAGGACAAGCGGCACAGCAUCGGACUCAGCGUGAAAACGAAGAAGGGCGCGGUUGUUCAGACCAACGUCGGCGGUGGUGGCGGG